ACCCUGACCCAGACCAUGCACGACCUUGCCGGGCUUGGCAGUGAGACUCCAAAGCGUCAGGUAGGCAGCCCGCUCACAUGCCUAUCCCUGUCCCGGCGGCAGGCAUCUGAAUCCUCCCUGUCGUCUGAAUCCUCUGAAUCUUCUGAUGCAGGUCUGUGUAUGGAUUCUCCCAGCCCCAUGGACCCCCAAAUGGCAGAGCAGACGUUUGAGCAGACCAUCCAAGCAGCCAGCCGGGUCAUCCGAAACUAGCAGUUUACCAUUCGAUGUUUCCAGUCCUUGCUGGUGAGGCUUCUGGGCCACAGCCCUGUGCUACGGAACAUCACCAACUCCCAAGCACCUGGCAGCUGCAGGAAGAGUGAGGAUGGAUUUGUCUUCAGGAUGCCAUGGAAACCCCCGCAUCCCAGCCAUGCCCAUGCUUUGGCAGGGUGGGCCAACCGCAGAGAAGCCUUUGCCCAGAGACCAAACUCAGCUCCCGACCUGAUGUGUCUCACCCCUGAGCGCAAGAGGGAAGUAGAGGAGCUGAGUCCCCCAGCCCGAUGCAGCUUCUCCCUGACUGCCACCCAGGGGGCCUCUGAAGAAGAUGAUGGAUUUGUGGACAUCCUGGAGAGUGACUUAAAGGACGACAACGCGGUACCCCCAGGCAUGGAGAGCCUCAUUAGCGCCCCACUGGUCAAGACCUCAGAAAAGGAGGAAGAGCAGGACCUCAUCAUGUACAGCAAGUGCCAGAGGCUCUUCCGCUCUCCGUCCAUGCCCUGCAGCAUGAUCUGACCCAUCCUCAAGAGGCUGGAGCGGCCCCACGACAGGGACCUGCCCAUACAGAACAAGCGGAGGAGGAGCGUGACCCCUCCAGAGGAGCAACAGGAGGCUGAAGAACCUAAAGCCCGUGUCCUCUGCUCCAAGUCCUUGUGUCACGAGGAGAUUGAGACUAUCCUGGACAGUGACCACUGCGAACUGAUUGGGGAUUACUCCAAGGCCUUCCUUCUGCAGACUGUGGAUGGGAAGCACCAAGAUCUCAAGUACAUCUCACCAGAAAUGAUGGCAGCCUUACUGGCAGGCAAGUUCAGCAACAUCGUGGAGAGGUUUGUGAUUGUGGACUGCAGGUACCCCUACGAGUAUGAAGGCGGGCACAUCAAGACUGCCGUGAACCUGCCCCUGGAACGGGAUGCUGAGACCUUCCUGCUACAGAGCUCCAUCACACCCUGUAAUCUGGACAAGAGAAUCAUCCUCAUUUUCCACUGUGAAUUCUCAUCUGAGCGUGGUCCCUGCAUGUGUCGUUUCAUCACGGAGCGUGACAGAGCCGCCAACGACUACCCCAGCCUCUACUAUCCUGAGAUGUACAUCCUCAAUGGCGGCUACAAGGAGUUCUUCCCGCAGCACCCGACUUUCUGUGAGCCCCAGGACUACCGGCCCAUGAACCACGAAGCCUUCAGGGAUGAGCUGAAGACCUUCCGCCUCAAGACCUGCAGCUGGGCUGGGGAGCGGAGCCUGCGGGAGCUCUGUAGCCGCCUGCAGGAUCAGUGA